AUGGCGUAUUCUUCAAAGGUCCCUGUUGCUGAGAAGCUGCAGACAUGUGAGCAUUGUUCAAAGGCAUUUUCUCUUGUUUCAUAUCUUAAGAGGCAUGAAAGAAUCCAUUCUGGUGAAAAGCCACAUUCGUGCGGACAUUGUUCCAAGACAUUCACUAACUCUAAUAAUCUAAAGAAACAUAUGAGAGUGCACACUGACGAAAUACCCUACUCAUGUGACUAUUGUUUAAUGCCAUUUUCUACUAGUUCACGCUUAAAGACACAUUUGGGAGUUCACACUGGCAAAAAGCCUUAUUCAUGUGAACUUUGUACGAAGGUAUUUACUCGAGCCUCAAGUUUAAAGACACAUUUGCGAGUCCACACAGGUGAAAAACCAUAUUCGUGUGAACUUUGCUCAAAGGCAUUUUCUAGGGCUUCAAUUCUUAAGAUACAUAAAAGAAUCCAUACAGGUGAAAAGCCCUAUUCGUGUGAAUAUUGCUCAACGACAUUUCAUAAUCCUUCAAGCUUAAAGACACAUUUGCGAGUUCACACUGGUGAAAAACCCUAUUCAUGCGAACAUUGUUUUAAGUCAUUUGCUCAAUAUUCAAGUUUAAUGAGACAUAUCAAAAUCCAUACUGAAAGAAAACUGUAUUCGUGUGAAAAUUGUUCAAAGACAUUUUGUAAGGCUUCAAGUCUUGAGAUACAUAAAAGAAUCCACACAGGUGAAAGGCCCUAUUCGUGUGACUAUUGCUCAAAGACAUUUCAUGAUCGUUCAUGCUUUAGGAAACAUUUGCGCGUCCACACUGGUGAAAAACCCUAUUCUUGCGAUCAUUGUUCUAGGGCAUUUUCUCAAUAUUCAUGUUUAAUGAAACAUAUGAGAACGCAUACUGAGUGAAAACUGUAUUCGUGUGAAUAUUGUUCAAAGACAUUUCAUGAUCGUUCAAGCUGUAAAACGCAUUUGCGAGUCCACACUGGUGAAAAACCCUAUUCAUGCGAACAUUGUUCUAAGGCAUUGGCUCAAUCUUCAAAUUUAAUGAAACAUAUGAGAACGAGCUCAUACCGAGGGAAAACUGUAUUUAUGUGACUAUUGUUCAAAGGCAUUUCUUUACACAUUCAACUCUCAAUAACUCGAAGUCCCAAGGGACCUGUUAAAACUUUCGAGUAAUCGGUAGUUUCUGUUAUAGGAAGUUCCUUUUCCAGCCUUCUCAAGAAUAAUUUGUAUUUUAUUUUUCAUUAAUAGUGCUUAACUAUAACACUUAUAAUUAGGAUAAAAUUAAGUUUCUUAUGUACAACAUAAAAA